GUCCUUGUUCCCAUUGGAUUUGGCACUGAAGAAUUGGAAGCUGUGAUACUAACCGAUGUUUUGCGGCGAGCUGGUGCAGAGGUCACUGUUGCCUCAGUGGAACCACAGCUCGAGAUUGAGGCUGCAGCUGGUACUAAGCUAGUUGCUGACAGCUCCAUUUGUGCUUGUUCUGCUGAAGUCUUUGAUCUCGUGGCUCUGCCGGGAGGAAUGCCGGGCUCGGCUAGGUUGAGAGAUUGCGAUGUUCUGCGCCAAAUUACGAGCAAACAGGCUGAUGAGGAGAGGUUUAUUGGUGCCAUACUGCCAUAUGUGCAGCUCCAGCUGUCACACUUCUUCCAUGGGGCCUCCUCAGAAGGAAGCAGGUUUGCUUACUACAUAUGGAUGCAGGAUGAACUGUGCUUGUGUGUUUCAAUUGCUAAUCGUUCGAUAGCGUGCAAUGCACGAUCACAUGCCACCCUGCAUUCAUGGACAAGCUCCCCACCUUCUGGGCUGUUAAAUCAGAUCUUCAAGUUUCACGACAAGUUACUACGAGCCGCGGGCCUGGAACAUCUUUUCAGUUUGCUUUAGCCUUUGUGGAUCAGCUGUUUGGGGAGACGGUUGCCAAGGAAGUUGCAGAGAUAUUGUUGAUGGAUACAAGUGAUGAUGACUGCAGAAAGGAAGAGUUGAACCCAACAGAGUGGUCUUUUGAACAUAAUGCUCGUGUAAUUUCUUGCUCCCCCAUUUUGCUUUUCUGAAAAAAAAUAACAAAUAUCUUCUAACCUCUGACUGUCAUUACAAUCAUCACUUGACAGGUGCUACUUCCAGUUGCGAAUGGCUCGGAAGAAAUUGAAGUAGUUACCAUUGUCGACAUUUUGAGGCGAGCCAAUGUGGAAGUUUUGUUUGCUUCAGUUGAAAAAUCUGUGCAAAUUUUGGGAUCACAAAGCACCAGAAUAGUUGCAGACAAGUUCAUAGGCGAUGCUGCUAGAUUUGACUAUGAUCUUAUAGUUCUCCCGGGUGGAAGGGCUGGAUCAGAUCGCCUUCAGAAAUCAAAGGUUCUAAAGAAGCUACUGCAGGAACAAGAUGAAGGAGGAAGAAUUUACGGAGCAGUUUGCUCCUCCCUAUCCGUUCUUCAUGAACUCUGUGUGCUAAAGGAUAAGGAGCCACUGCACAUCCAAGAGUUGGUAACAAGCUAAUGAACGAGAUGGGGAAUGACGCCAAUAUUGUCAUUGAUGGUAGGCUGAUUACCUGCAAGGGUCUUUCUACUAUAAUGGAUUCGCAUUAGCUAUAGUAACCAAGUUUUUUUGGUCAUGGUAGAGCUAGAAGUGUUGCU